AUGGGAAAACGUAACUGCUGUGUCCCAACCUGUGUGAAUUCUUGGCGAAAUUCCCCUGGAGUGAAGUAUCAUUCUCUUCCCAAAGAGAAAGCUGUCUUAAAAGAAUAUAAAAGGCUUUUAAGAAACGAUAACCUCAAAGAGAUUUCGGCUAACACAAGUAUUUGUGGAAAUCACAUCUCGCCGGGGAGGAGAACGGAUGUCCCAUGCGCAACUGCCUUCGAUCUUUCUAUGGACAAACCCAGAAAAAUUCGACGUGAAAUAGUCAAACACGAUUUGCCUUCAAAGCGUAAAAAGAUAUCAGUGGAUUUUGAAGCUUUCAAGGAGGCAAAAGCAUCAAACUCUGGUCAUAUUCCAAAUGAAGAGGACAGCAACAGUUACAGCAGACGCUGCUCAUUAUCAAGAAGGCUUAGAGUUACUUUCCUGGCAUCAGAAUGGGGAUCAAGCAAAGGAGGCCUCUCCGCCUUAAACAGGGAAUUUGCAAUAAACAUUGCGAAGGACCCAACAGCUGAGAAGGAACAAUGUCUCCUUGAAUUUACCCCUGGAAUUUUAACAGAAUUCUCUGAACUGAAUCAAGGUCUAGACAAACGAGAAGUUUGUAAAGUCUUGGGUUUUGGUCGUGGAGAUUCGGAGGGCUUUAGAUUAAAAGGAUUCGACAUUGCAGCUAGAGCUGUGGCUAAACUGAGUUAUUGUCAUCUGUUAUUUGUUGGGGCGGCGAAGGAAAACCUAGAAAGUACACAAAAACUUUUCCUCGAUUGUGAUAUCCCUUCCAGCCGGCUAAGGGUACGACCGUUUUUAAAUAGCAGGGAUGAUUUGAAAAAGCUAUUUUGCGAGGCAGAUCUCGUAGUUAUGCCCUCGCGAACCGAAGGCUUUGGGUUAACGGGUCUUGAAGCCUUAUCAGCUGGUCUUCCUAUUCGUGUAAGUCGAAAAUCAGAAUUUGGAGAAGCUUUGAUGAAAAUACCAUUUGGCCGGCAUUUUGUGAUUGACUCAGAUGAUCAAGAUCAGUGGGCCAAAGCAAUUGAGGAAGUCUGCAGCAGCGACAGAAGCAGCCGACUGGAGGAGUGUGAAAUACUGCGAAAGUUGUACCGGAAGACGUACUGUUGGAAAAAACAGAGUGAAUGUUUCAUUGGGGAAAUGAUCAGCAUGACUGCUAACGGACCAUCUGAAGAUUGUCAGAGCUCAACAAGAAAUUCCCCAGAGCUCCGACAAGAGGAUAUCAGCGACGGAUUUUACCCAGUCAGCGCUCAUUCAGCCUUAGGUACAGUGCCGAUUCGCAUAAAGCUGAACAGUGUUACAUUUCAAAACGUGAAGAACAAAGAUCCUGUACAACAAGAAGAAGCCAAACGUCUCAUAAUGCGUGAAAUGACCAAGCAUUUCCUCGAGAAACAUCAAGCUGAAAUCCCUCUCGAACAAUACCCUGACUCCCUUUCUUACUAUCUAAAAGGAGUGCGUGACUUGAUGAUAAGAGAAGCAGGCGAGGGCAGCUUGCGAAUUGUACUCGAAUGUAGGACACUGAAAAUUCUUGAACGUCUGUGGGAAGACUAUAGUUCCGGUCACCUUAAUGAAGUAGCGGAAGAACGCCUUUUAACGGAUGAGAUAAGGAAAAAGUACGAAGUGGAAUCAAUAGCGCUGGAAACGACCAUUACUGUGGAGGAUUACCUGGCAUGUAAACUAUCACUUACAGAUUUGAACCAAGACGCAACAGUUGCAGAAGAUCAAACUGAACGAGCGAAUAUACAAACUGUGGUCGUUCAGGUCGAAGAAGAACGUGAACUCACCACAGUGCACUUUGAGUUAAACUACAGCGGUUGUUCAGCAAGCCCAAAUGAAUUUCACCCACAACAAGAGAAAGAAAGCCCAUAUCUGGUGUCUGAAAUAUCAUCUGAGGAAAAGUCGACUUCUCAAAGUUCUUUAACCGAACUACCAACCUACCUUGAACAUGUAUCAGUUGCUCAAGAUCCAGGACCAACAAAAGACCGUGACAGCAGUUUACGAUUUUCCAUCGAAUGCCGAGAUCUGGAAAGUCUUGAACGUCUGUGGUCCGAUUAUCGUUCCGGUCGUCUAAAUUGGAUGGCCGAAAAGUGUCUUCUGACAGAUGAUAUUAAAAACAAAUUUCAUGUUGAGUCUGCUACUUUAGAAACAAGCAUACUGGAAGAGGACUAUUUGGCGUGUAAAGAGCAUCUCUCAAACAAUUUUCAAGACAGGGGCAACUCGACCAUGGGAGAUUGUGAUGACACUGAAAUCCUGGUUACUGACGAAGCUUUCCAAGCAGGAAACAUCGAUGAUCUUGGCAUUCAAACACCCGAAGAAGCUAUUUGCCGAUUGAAUGAUCAAAGCAAAGCCGUUCUGAGAGAAAUCCAAGUCGAGGAUAAAACUGAGACUAUGGAAGAAACACGGGAAAAGUCAUCUGAAAAGAAGAUAGUUGCAAGAAAAAUGAAAGUUAAGCGUUGGAAAGAAUCCGGACCUUUCCUGAUCGGGUCAAAACUGAGGACGGUUGAAGACACCUUAAAAAAAUGUGGAUGGUUACUCAAAAAGGAGGACGACAAAACACUGACAUCUUCUGAAGGUUUAUCAAGUAACAAGCUGUGGCAUAGGAGAUACGUCACCUUAUGCAAUGGGUGCUUACAUUAUUACAAACGUGAGCAUGCUAAAACUAGACGUAGGCAGGUUUCUCUCGAAGGAUACAGUGUGCAUUCAACAUCGGGAAAAGAGUUUGUUCCGUGGACAUUCAGACUACAUCAUUCUGAAAACUCAGAUCAUGACUUUGCAGCUAAGUCUGAGAAGGAAACGACGAGGCAAGAACCUCCGAAUUCUGCUUCAGCCCUAAAUAUGGAAGACAAAAACAGCCGUAGCAGACACCAUUCAACCACAAAAAAGCUCAAAGUCGCUUUCUUGGCACCUGGGUGGAGUUCAACCGUACUCCAUGAAAUAAAUGAGAUAACCAAAGAAAUGGCAAAAUACAUGGCUAAGAGCUCUGAGGUUGAAAUAUAUAUCCUCGUUCCAAAGUGCAGUGACGAGGAUAAGAAAGCAGCUGAAAGUUACAACAUCAACCUUGUUGAAGCAAGUGAAAAAGUUGGCUACGCUGAACUGCAUUGGCUGGGCAGGGUGCCAAAUAAGUUAUUAACCCAUGUUGUUGUAGGACAUGAUAUCGAGCUCGGUCGUCAUGCACUAAGUAUAAAGGAGUCCCAAUCCCCACAUUGUAAAUAUGUCCAAUUUAUCCAUAAAUCCUAG